AUGGCGCCCUGGCCCUCUCGGCUCAACGACCCUUUACCGGCUCCGCCUUCGCGAGAGCCUCCUCUGCCGCCUCUGCCGCGGCCGGAGCUUGAGGAUGUUCGCAAGCAGCUCUCUAGGCCGCCAGUGCGCAGGCCGGUCGCCAGCUCCUCGCGAUCUAACGACCCAAACCUUGUGGAUGCCUCCCAGGUCCCUUCAGAUCUGAUACCCACCCUUCCUACGGAGAACCGUACCGCGCCUGCUCAAAGACCAUCGAGCCACGGCCGCUCGAUGAGCCAUCCCUUCCCGUCCUUGUUUUCUGCAAAGAGGAAGCAGGCCCCGAAGAAUCCAUCGCCCGAUGAUUUCGAUUCGGACUCGGACUCGGAUGCCGAGAUGCUGGGUUUGGGCCCUGGGUCUAAGCAGAAGAGGCCCGCGCAACCUCUGGGCCCAUCAAAGGUCCAUGUUAAACCCGCCGGGGACAAGGACUUCGCCUCGGGUAACUGCAUGACAUGUGGUGCAAUGUCGAGAUGGCCUAAAGGGCUCAAGGUCUUCAAGUGCACUCUUUGCAUGACCAUCAACGACCUGGUCGACAUUAACAGUGCGGCCGAGGUGAACAACCAUGCCGUAGGUUACAGACGAGCGUCGGAGGAUGCCACUCCUAGUUUGAAGGCACCCAUAUCGCCUGAAGGCACGAAACACCUCGUCAGAGACUGCUUGAGGAACUACCUGGUCGCAGCCCUGGCAGCUAGGCGCACUUCAACAGACUCGAAGGAUGGAGGCCGUCCUGUGGAGCCAUUCAAGCCGCAUGGAGGCGCAAAUAAUAUCGAUACGGCAGCCGCUGGGCGACAGCGGUAUGAGAGGGACGAGAUCACGACGCCGAAUUCUGGACCUUCGGAAACAACUUUUGGAAGUGCCGAAGACCGAAGUGCCUUUGUGAAUUUCUCACGACCAGGAAUGUUUCCCCAAAGAUCUUAUUCCUCGUCGUAUCCGGAAACACGACCGGAAGUAGGAAAUCUCGGGAGACUGUCGAUCGACCAGAACGCCAGAUGCGUCGAUCCGGAUGGGAAAAGGCUCUUUAGGCCCCUCGAGGACUACCUUAUCACCUGUUUCUCUCCGCCACUGACCUGUAUCAACUCGUCUUUCAUGCUGCGACAUCCACGCAACAACAACCGCCGAGCUCCUCAGCCGUCUAGGCGACGACCAUCGGAACCUCCCAGGCCUCCCAGGGAGAUUCCACCCAGGGAGAUUCCAUCGCAGGAGCAAUCUAUAACCGAGCUUGAUGCCAAAAUGCUGCUGGUUGGCGAUUUCGCCGAGAAUGGUUCAUGGUGGACUGGUCGAAAGGAGAAGGCGGCUCCCAACCGAACCCCCUCAUAUCGCAGCGAUGAGGACUCGACUGUUACAAGCAGGAGCCCUAAUAUCGACUGGGCAGAGGUAGACAAUUGGUACCACACCGUCAUCAACGCCGGGGAGCGUUGGACUGAUAUUUAUGAUGGACUCUCUCAGCAUUUUGUGUUCGACGAGCCUACGGAAGUGGAACUCAAACAGAUUGAAGGACACAUUCUUGAAGCACAGGACCAUCUGCGAAAGACGCUUCUUAAGGUCACAGAAAACAUUCUCAAACGACCAGGAAAGCCCAUCAACAGCCCUGAAGAUCUUCGCUUCUUGCUAAUAAUAUCGGCAAACCCACUUCUGCACGCCUCAUUUCAAAACUUUACGGGGCGCUUGCCGCAUGCUCAAAAUAACCAGAUCAGUGGCCCGUACGCGUCGGGCCCAUUGCGCGGUUCAGGACCGGUCUCUGGGCAGCACUCACCCAUCAUCAAACGCAUCCUUGGCCUCCUGUCUAACACACCGGCUGAUUGCCAGAAUCACCUCGUCUCCUGGUUCGCGAGGCUGCCGGAGUCUCGCUUCAUCCAGUUGAAAGACUUUGCCGGAGGCUUCCUAGCCUACAGGCUAAUAAGACAGCAUGAAAAGAAGCACGAGGUCAAGGUCGAUGUGACAGCCGGUCUUAUUCCGAAUAUGGCUGCGGGACGGUCUCCAGCCACCCUCCAUGCUGCCCUUGGUCAGCCACGCCCAUCCAGAUCAAAGAAGCCUAAGGAGCAACCCAAGAUCGUGUACCAAGAUGACUGGCAAACAAAAGCUGCUGCUCGGGUUAUUGGCCUCCUUUUCGCCGCAAACAACAACGCGCAUUAUCGAAGACACAUCGCAGGCACACCGUCUUCACAGGACGAAGUGUUAAACAGCACAAGCGUUAGAGAUCAGGUUCAAGCGAGAGGCCAAAUAGUACCUACGAGUGACUUCUAUAUCACCCUACUCGACGACUCAGACCUCGUCGCUGACUUUGAGGCUUGGGAACGUAAAAGGAGCAAGUUCUCUUUCUGUCAAUUUCCAUUCCUUCUCAGCAUCGGCGCCAAGAUACAAAUAUUGGAACACGAUGCAAAAAGACAAAUGCAUCUCAAAGCGAGGGAUGCCUUCUUUGAUAGCAUCAUGAGCCGGAGAAAUGUCGAACAGUACUUGACACUCAAUGUACGACGCGAUUGUCUUGUCGAGGAUAGUUUGACUGGAGUAAGCGAAGUCAUUGGCGGCGGGGGCGAAGAUAUCAAAAAGGGAUUGCGUAUCGUGUUCCAAGGCGAGGAGGGAGUCGAUGCCGGCGGCCUGAAGAAAGAGUGGUUCUUACUGCUUGUCAGGGAGGUCUUCAACCCAGAUCAUGGGAUGUUCGUAUAUGAUGAAGACUCGCAGUAUUGCUACUUUAACCCCAACUCUUUCGAGACUUCGGACCAGUUCUUCCUUGUGGGCGUGGUCUUUGGCCUGGCGAUAUACAACUCCACCAUUCUCGAUGUCGCAUUCCCGCCGUUCGCUUUUCGCAAGCUUCUCACAGCCGCCCCGCCGCCUUCCCAAGGUCUCUCCACCCAGCCCAGGCCAGCUAUAGCGUACACCCUCGACGACCUGGCGGAAUUUCGCCCGCGCCUCGCCAAAGGGCUGCGCCAACUCCUCGAUUUCGAUGGUGACGUCGAGUCUACCUUCUGUCUCGACUUCGUGAUUGAUGUCGAGAAGUACGGUUAUACCGAGCGAGUGGCCCUCUGCCCUGGUGGCUCGAAUCGGCCUGUCACUAAUGCCAACCGCCGCGAGUAUGUCGAUUUGUAUGUCAAGUACCUUCUCGAUUCUGCCGUUACUCGCCAGUUCGAACCAUUCAAGCGUGGUUUCUUUACCGUCUGCGGCGGGAAUGCCCUCUCGCUGUUUCGGCCAGAGGAGAUUGAAUUGCUGGUCCGCGGCUCAGACGAGCCGUUGGAUAUCACAUCGCUGCGCGUGUCAGCCGAGUACGAGAAUUGGGGAAACAAAGCCAACAGCCCGGACCAGACCGAACCAACACUUAGGUGGUUCUGGGAGUCGUUCGAGCGUGCGAGCCCAAGAGACCAGAGAAGGCUGCUGGCAUUCAUCACGGGCAGCGACCGCAUCCCCGCCAUGGGUGCUGCUUCACUGACCAUUAGAAUCUCGUGCCUGGGUGAUGAUAGUGGAAGAUACCCAACGGCCAGGACAUGUUUCAAUGCGCUACAGCUGUGGAGGUAUAAUUCAAAGGAGAGACUGGAGAAAGUGCUGUGGGACUCUGUGCAUGAGAGUGAGGGCUUUGGACUCAAGUAA